AUGAGGCUCUCAACUUUUAGGCGGUGGACAGAGCAAGCUAAGCCCGGGAGGGUGCAGCCCCCGCGCUGGCCUGCGGGCUCCGGGCGACGCCAGCUGCUCCUCUGCUUCCUGCUGCUGAAUAGCCGCCUGGGGCACUGCAGCGAUGUUAGUGCCCAUGACGGACAGGGACAAGUGGGAGUGAGGCAGCUCUGGCCCCUCCAAGGACUCAUCACCCCAGUCUUCCAGUACUUGCAAGGUGUGCUUCAGCAGAUUGUGCCCCACGGACUGUUCCGGAAGGAUGACAUCAUCCAGGAUAUGAUGACCCAAAAGAUGGAGCACAUCACCAGACGCCACUCCCAAGAUCCCUACCUGAGGGAUGAGAAAGCAAAUUUUCCCACCAAAACCACUGGGAUGAGGGGCAAGAAAGAGAAGAAACUUUGACUCUUAUUCUCCAAGAGCCCAAUGGCCAAGAUGAGCAGGGAUAAGUGCGUCAUGUCCAAAGUGGCUUCCAAGGCCCUGAAAUGAGAGGUGGCCAACCCCGUCAAGGGAUUCUUUGAGCCACUGCCCACUGUGGGCCACAGCCUUGUAGCUGAUUGA